UUCUUCCUGCUGACAGUCAACGCUAACGCAAGGAUCUGUUGGGGCGAACCGUCAGCUAAGGUUCAGAGAUCGUCUCAGUGAAGGCUCUCUCUACACGUUAACCGGAUUUGACGUCACACGCAGCAACACCAAUUUCCGUUUGUCUGAUGCUCCUUUCUCGAUUUGGUUCAAUGAAGGAACCAAACUUGAGAAGAUUCCAGCGUCUGUUAGGCCCAUACCAUACCUACGGAGCUUUUCAGGUUCAUGCCAUACAGCCAAAUACUUGAGCUCGCAAACACUGGCAAGCAGCUUCCUGACAUAAUAGGUGAGUUGAAUGCGAUCAGAAGCACAAUCACAGACCGUUUACCAGGGGCACAGCGUGUCAUGCUAACUCUGCGUCUUGAAAGUGGCGAAAACGUGUGUGUGAGUAUGUUUGACUCCAUGGCUCUUGCGUUUCAUGCCAAACUUGACAGUUAUGGGAGGGAGCCCAAAGUCAUAAUUGUUACUAGCGUCAAUCCUAAGAUAGUUGGUGGCCGUCUGUUUUUGAAUGGUACUUCCGGCACACAUCUUUACUUUGACUCUGAGACAGCCGCCGGGAAAGAUUUGUUUGACACGUUGCCAGGUCAUGGGGGAGACCCAGGAUCAUCUACUUCGAAGGUCGUUCAUGCACAGAAGAUUGAACCAAUGACCAUCUCCGAGCUUAACCAGUUCAUUACCACCGCUGAUUCACAGAUAAUAGAGUUUCUUUGCACCGCUAAGGUCACUGGUAUCCAGCAGGAUGACGGUUGGUGUUAUAUUGGUUGCUCCGGUUGUUCAAAGAAACUUGUCCGGGAGAUAUCCUCUUUCACAUGUGCUUCAUGCAAUGAAACUAAUGAUGUUGCUGCGCUCAGGUACCGAGUGACGUUGUCUGUCUCAGACAACACUGACACCGCAUCUUUCCUAGCUUUUGAUAUGGAGAUGGCUAAACUAACUAACAUUCAAGCAUCUGAGGCUGCUCAAAUUGUGGGGAUUGGUGUUGAUGCUCAGGUUGACACGGAACUUCCUCGGUCCCUUGCUGAUAUUGUUGGAAAAACCUACACCUUCCAGCUCAAAUUGAAUGAUUUCAAUUUCUCCUCCAAGCACCAAACCUUCACUAUCUCUCGCAUCUUUCCGGAGCGAGUGUUUGCGCCCAUGCCUGCAUUUGUAGUUGCUGACGGAGCAGAUGUUCCCGUCGAUGCACCUCCUGAGGUAGUGGCUCAGCCACCAAAUGCCAACGUUGGAACCACUUCCACUGUAGCAGACAAUCCAACUUCAUCUGAUGCUUCAACUGCUAAACGUCCACCACCGGCCAAAGACCAAGAUGAUGUUGACAAGACUGCCCCAAAGAAGGCACAUGUGGAAUGAGUCCAUUACUCUAGCUUGAACAACCACAGCUGCUUCAGUUUCUAAUUAUGCUCUACUUUUUUAAUUUCUCCUUUUGGACUAUCUCGCUUUGUCUUUUAAAGUGUUGUGUCAUGCUUUAGUGUUUUUCUUGUGGUUGUGAACUAUUUCGCUUUGGCUUUUAAAUGAAUGUGGUUGUUCUUUUUA